CUCCCCAGACAUUGGAGCAAGUGUGAAGCUGAAGAACCUUCUGGAAGCUCGGGCCUGUCUACUUCUCCAGAGAGAGUCUACGGUCCUGUUGACCUGACCUCCUGAGACCAUCGAGCAAGUCUUCCUCUGCCUGUCCACUUGGCUGCAGACAGACUUCUUGGCCAUGUGUCCCCCAGUCAGUGUUCGCCAUGGGGCCAGGGGCAUGUCCUGCCUCUAUGGAGCCUGGCUGUACCAGCUUGUCCAUGGAGAACAAAUGAAAAUGUGCUUUGCUUGCUUCAAGGCAGCUUUCUUGUUGAAUAAAUUCUACCUGGAGAUGGGAUACUGGGAACAGGAAGAACUUUCAGAGGAAGAGGAGGAAGAGGAAGUGUGGGAUGCUGAGCCCAUGGAACACUUGUCAGAGUCAGAGUCCUUGGAGUCAGAUUCUAAGCAGGAUGCAGGGUCUGAGCAGGAUGCAGGGUCUGAGCAGAAUCCAAGGUCUGAGCAGGAUGCAUGGCAGGGUGUGGGGUCCCUUUAUGUGCCUCAGAGUGUCUCUGAAUAUGGAGGGCCUGGGGCCCUGGUACCAACCCCUUCAUGGACACAGUGGGUAGUAUUCUCCAUUUCUGUGCCCACUGAGCUUUUGCCUCAGGAAGCCGUACCCCUGGAUCUGGGCCCUGAGGAUGCUGAGUGGACCCAGGCCCUUCCCUGGAGAUUAGAUGUCCUUUUCCCCUGCUCGCACCGGCUCAUCCCUCCUCUGUCUUGGUGGGAUAUUUUAGAUGUGAUGCCAUCUCUUGGGCAACCUGUAUUGUUGGAGUUGAGAUCCCUCUGGCCUUUGGACCAGUCAGUAGCACAAACCUGGUUGCAAGACCAGAAGUUUGUCCUCUUGUUGGAUAGCAUACACUUUAUGUGCCACCUGCUGUCAAUGCAUGUCUGCUGGGCUGUAAGGACCCAGGUCCAGCACUGGCAGGUGUUGCUGAACCCUGGGGAGAUGUGGGUGGCCCAUUUGAAGAGAGUAUUAUUUAGACCGCGUGGCCUGUACCCCUGGAGCCUGAGCAUCCUGAAGAGUUCAGAUUUGGGAAUGGAGUUAGUCCCUGCUGCUUUCUACCUGCGGAAGAAAGGCUUCUGGGUAGGCUCCUUCUUGCCCUGGAACAGUAGCAUACCAGAGACCUGGAGCUGGGAUCCAGGGGAGAGGCUGUUUAUCACAGAUGCUACUAUUUGUGCUACUAACUACCACUUUGCUCGAUCCUUCUUCCCUUGAUUUCCCCCCUCUCCUGAUCCUUACAUAACUGAGACACCAAAGCUCAGGCAUCCCCCAGGGCCCCAGGGACUGAAGAGCAAGAGUUGCCUGUUUUGAGCAUCAGGGGAAUAGUUGAUCCAGGGUUUUGAGGGGAGCAUCUUGAACAGCCUGGGAGUUUAUGGACCUGGGAGGGAAAUCUAGCAUGUUCACAUUAGCGCUCAGUGUUUGGGAGGUGAGGCCUUGCUGAAUUUUUAGGUGGAGGGUUGUGUAGUGGGGGUUGUAGGAGUCCCAGUCUCAGAUCUUGAAUAUGUAUGGACUCUGAGUCACUAGUUGACCUGGCAUGUUAUAUUGUUAUAUGCUUACUGUCUUAGGGGUCAAGAUACCUAAUUUUAGUGUUAACUGUUUAGAGUGUUCAUGGUCUUUGACCUUACUCGUGCUCUUUUUGAAUAAAGUUGAUGUUUUAAA